CAAAAUUUUGGCGAUAAAAUGUACUCUGUGAUUUACCGAAUGAAUAAGCUUGCGAAUUUCGUAGGGAAAGAGAGAGAUGAAUAUAAAGUGAAAGCAUCUAUUUCUGCUGGAAUCGCAAACAAUAAUUCUGUAUCUUGCUAUGAUGGUAAUUUUACAGAUAUAUUAAGUGACAGUCGGACACUACUUGAAUUCUUGCUUCGAAAGUAUACAUCUGAGGAAAAUGGUGCUGAUUUUUCUUCUGAUAAAUGUUUAGGAAUCAUUCAGUUUUUGAUUCAUUUAAGCUCACACAAGAUUUCUCUCGACUCAAAAAAUGCAAAGAGCAGAGAAUUCCGGAUUGUUUACAGUGGUAUCCUGAAGCAGAUACACAAAUAUUCCUGGCCUACUAAAUAUCAACCACGCGAUGGCAAUAUAUUCAGGAAGUUGAGAUGCGUCGUCAUCGAUCUUAUGUUUUUGGGAAAUGAAGAUCGGGAUGUUUAUAAUUUCUUGUCAGAUACCACAGAGUAUCUCCAAAAAUAUGUAUAUCCGGAUUCCCAGUUAUUUCAUCUCACUGAGAUGGUCACUUGUUGGGAGGAAUUCAGUGGUGUUUUAUUUUGUACUCUUGAUGAGUUUGAGUCAAAUUGGGUUUCCAGAUGUAUUCACCUUAUGGUCGAAAGUUUACAGGAGAGGUCGAACCUUGUACAAAUGAAAGUAGAGCUUUCACAAUCAAUUAUGCAGAAAAUACUCGAUUCCAAGGAUUCGAAGAAGCUUACUUUGGAGGAAAUGCAUUCCAUCAUCAAAAUCUUAGGAAUAUGGUCUAGUAUAUCAAGACGAUUUAAACAGAUCCAGAUGAAUCUCACAAUGCAGUUGGACUCCGCCAGUGCUAAUACUCAUUCUGAGCAGUCAGUUAGUGAAAAUUCAAGUGAUCAUUUUGGAGAAGAACUUCAAAGAUCAGAGACUAAUAUUAGGAAUACCUUUGAUUUGAAGUAUUUUGAAUCAAUUUUAUCUUAUGACCAACUGAAUGAAUACAAGUGGGAUAAGUUGGUUGAUUCGUGCAGUUCAGUGCAGCGCAAAAGGCCUAAAAGUGCAUUAAAGAAGUCAAACGAUGAAUCAAUGAAUUCAGACAAAAUAAACGUAACAAGUGAAUCAGAGACAAUAUUAUGGCAGCCUGUUUACACAAUGAAUACAUCCCUAAUGAAAUCUCUAGUUAAUUAUACAUUGCAGUCACUACAAGAUUAUGCCAAUCAACUACAGCUUGCAUCUAAUCCAACUGCAGUGAAUCUAAUGAACAGCAGUAAAGAAGAAGGCUUAAAUCGAUGCAAAAACAACUUAAACACAGAAUAUUAUAAUUGUUUGAAUUUACUGUUACAAACACCAGUGUUUGCUACAUCUGUUCAUGGGCCGCUAUUCAAUGCCUCUGAUGUAUCUAUAAGUGAUUUUUGGUGUCACAGAGAGAAAAAUAUACUCGAUGAACAGUUUAAUCCUGGUUUGACUGCACAAAAUAGACUGUGUUCAUGGAAUGGAGCUGUGGGAACCGGAGCAGGAUUACCAAUGCUUGAGAUGUAUAUCAGCAGUUCUGUACAGAACUUUAUUGCUUUCACCCUUGAAAUUCUCUUGCCUAUGAUAUUAAAUCUCUUGCAAGUUGAUGUCAAUGAGCAGAAGUCAAAAUUACAAUCAGAUGACAGUCAGAAUGCAAAGAAUGAAUUGAACAACACAGAUGAUAAUGUUGACGCUACUUUGAAUGCAAAUGAACCUGUGGAUGAUAAUUCCAAUGAUGAUAGUCUGCGUAUUUCAAUUCUUUACCUAAUCAAUGUCUUACUGACUAUUUUAAAUGGACAUGGUAUGAAUAAGUUACCUGAUUGUGGUGACAGCAGUGAUGCUGAUACUACUACUGAUAGUGAAUUCGGUAUCAGCAGUAGUAGUGGCGCAGAAUUUGUUGGUUUAACCGCACAACUAAGUACAAUCACUUUGUCUGUUGACUGGGAUUUCAAUGGAAUCGAAAAACUGGCAUUGUGCAUUUCAGACUGUUUAAGUCUACGUGCGUUAUGCAGCCUGUUGGCGUCCAUAUUUCAAAAGCAAUACGAAGUGUUGUUUAAAACAUCCAAGUUUAAUAGACAGGAUAAUAUAGCUUCCCAUUUCUUAGGAUGUAUUAAAGAAUAUGAUGUAUCGAUACGUUUAUUGAGUGAACAGAUUACUGAUAUCACUUUGGUAUAUUAUUACAAAAUGGGUUUCACCAUCGGUGAGGAUUUGAAAUGUGUAAACGAAGUGAAAUUACUACUGCCUAGUCAUUUCAGUUUACAGACUGAUCAAGCUGUUAUAGGACAUUUAAGCAAGCCUAUUCACUUGAUGUGGCUUAUUAUUUCCAAUUUAUGGUCAAUAUUAAUUCACACAUGUCCUGGUGGUUUAGCAAGACAAAUUUUGGCACAUGUUAGUUCAAAGAUUCUUGAGUCUGCAGUACAACAACUUCACAUCGCUAAAACGAAUUCCAACUCCGAUUAUACUUUACAGUUUAGAGAUGAGUUAUGGUUUGUCCUCGGAAUUGCGAAAUUUGUUCUUUAUCGAUGUGCUGAAACAAUUUCAGAAGUACUUGGAUUAAGUAAUCUAUCAGUUGAAAUGAACAGUAUACAUACAACAGCUUUGCUAACCACUCAAAUGUUGAUAUCAUGUUUUGCUCCAAGGGAUUUAUGGAAUAAACUUCACGAAGAAGGAUUUUACAAUCAAAUAGCACAAGAUUCAAGUAAAACAUUCGAUUUCAGUUUAUCCAAUUGGUUGAGAAUCGUGGAUCCAUCGAUAUUCACUGAUAUUCCUAUACAUUUAAUGAAAGAACGUCCUCAACAAACAGAAUCUGAAAUCGAACUGAAACUAUUAUCAGCAUCAGCACACUUCGAACCAGUCAGAAUAAUCAGUCUCUUAACAUCAUGCAAUUACAAAUUAAGUUUAGCGAUUCUUGAAUCGCCUUAUUUGAAUGAACUGAAUAAUUUGUUAACAAGUGAAGAGAAAACUGUUGCACGUCAGCUAUUCAUCGCUGUAUCAAAUAUACUGAACUCCAUACCAGAGUAUGCGGACUUUUUAGGCAAAGUUGUAGAACUAACAAUCUCAAGAACAGAAACUGAUAAACUGUUCAGUCGGACGAAAUUAAAUUAUGAGGAAUGGCCUUUAUGGUUUGAUGUACUAGUGCAACUGAUGUCUGAGCCUCUUGAAAGAAUAUGGAUUCGUUUCAAAGAGUUGAAGUAUCAGAGAUUAGAAGAAGAUGAAUCUUUUCAAGACUAUAAUUUAUCGGAUAAAUUAAACGAGAAUCCAGAAAUUGUGUUCGCUAAUUAUACUCCUAGAAGAAGAGCUUACUGGGAUGAUUUAUUCCCAUCUGAUCAAAUGCCAUGUGGAUGUCCAGUGUUAGAACCAUUUCAUUUUAAUGACACAUGUCAACUUCCAGUGUCGAAUACUCCUGAUAAUAACAGUAUUUCAGCUAGUUCGGAUAAAUAUCAGUCGAAAAUCACGUCAAAACUGGAGACUGAACAAGAAAUUAGUAAUUAUUCAAAUUAUUAUCAAAAAGGCGGCUUCAGUAAACAGAUAUGGUUUGAACUGGUGCAUGAUAUUAUACGUUUGCCGGUAAUAAACUGUUCUGCCGGUGUACAGUUGGCACUAGCUAAAAUUAAUGAUAUCGCAAUGGACAAACUAGCUGAGCAUUCACAAGAUAUCAACACUGGCUGUGGUGAUUUACUCUAUGGACAACAUUUUGCAAUACAUCUGGUGAUAUUAUUUUUAAAUUAUCGCAUAAACGAAGAGAUUAAAAUGAAAUUGUCCAAUGGUGAAUAUGAGAAUCAAGAAAACUCGGAUGUUGAACGCUUACAAUAUUUAAUAUUGCUAGAAUAUUUAUGCUCCUUGUUAGACUUGAAUGUUGAAAAUGAAGAAAUCUAUGCUUGUAAAAAACGUGCUAAGGCGUUUCUGGACGAACGAAAAUCUGAGGGCAGUGAUUCUGAGCCAGUCAUAACAGGAAAUUCAAGUAAAAUUUUCAAGAAUAUCCAAAAUCUACGAUUUGUGCAACACAAAGCAUUACCAGAUUUAUUCUUUAUGCAUGAAUUUCUACAUGCGAAUAUAACUUGGGUCGGUGAACUGAUUCGUAGUGGAAAAAGUCAUGAAGGUCCAGCAACAGUUAUUCCACGCUUCCAACUCAAUGACAAUUCCAAUUCAAGUGUAUGCGUUCAAUUAAUCAACCCUAUCGAAGAAAUCAACUGGGAGGAGAUAUAUUGUACUAAUAUUGGACUUCAAGAAUUAUAAUUUGAAGAAUUCUCCUAAAUAAUCUGUCAAAAUUUGAUGCAGGCAGUUUAACUUUCACUGUGGCUGAAAGUAAAAGUCAAAAUGAAAUCAUUAUACUUACUUCUACAACAGAUAUUGUGAUAUACUGUGAUAUUUUCUGAGCAUUUCUCAGGCUCACUUGAAAUAUUUAUUAAGUGUAGUAUAUCGAUUGCAUUUAAAUCGUAUUUCA